AUGUCACAAUUUGUUGGUUUCGGCGUGCAAGUGGAACUGAAAGACGGCAAGCUCAUUCAGGGGAAAAUUGCCAAAGCAACUUCAAAGGGACUGACUUUAAAUGACGUUCAAUUUGGUGAUGGCGGUAAAUCUCAAGCUUUCAAAGUGAGGGCAUCUAGAUUAAAGGAUUUAAAAGUUUUAACAGCGGCCUCUCAAUCCGGCAAAAGAAAGCAGCAAAGACAACUGCAGCAACAAAAUGACUACAGUCAAAAUCGGGGUGAGCACAUCGAUUGGCAAGAUGACGACGUUAGUAAGAUAAAACAACAGGAAGAUUUUGAUUUCCAAGGAAAUUUGGGCAUGUUUAACAAAAAAGACGUUUUCGCUCAAUUAAAACAGAAUGACGAUAUAUUACCAGAAAAUAGGUUACAGGGACAUAAUAGAAAGCAACCUCAAUCACAACAGAAUAAUUACCAAAACGAUGAAUUGAUUAUUCCAGAUGCAAAGAAAGAUUCGUGGAACAAUAUUUCCUCAAAAAAUGAGCAAAGCGCGCAGGAAUCUCAGCCGCAGCAAGAUGAUCAAGAUGGUAUAGAGUUAGAAGAUGAUGAACAUGAAUACGACGUUGAUGAUAUUGAUGACCCUAGGUACUUACCGAUAACUCAGUCUUUGAAUAUUACUCACCUGAUUCAUUCAGCCACUAGUUCUCCAUCUAUCGAUGAUAAAACUAGGAAUACAAUUAUAAGUGAUAAGGAUCAGGUACUAGCUAAAUUAGGUCAAAUGAUCAUCAGUCAGUCAAGAUCCAACUCGACAUCUUUGCCAGCUACAACUAAACAAACAACUAUCAAAUCCAAAAACACUAAGCAGAGCAUCCCGAUGGCUACCCCAGUACAAUUACUAGAAAUGGAGAGUAUCACAUCCGAAUUUUUCAGUAUUAAUUCAUCUGUACUGUUAGAAAAUUUUGCUGUAAACGCAUCAUUCCUCAUUAAGCAGAAGCUAGGGGGCCGUGCACGUUUACGUUUACAAAAUUCUAAUCCAGAACCUCUGGUGGUAAUACUAGCCUCAGAUUCGAACAGAUCUGGUGCCAAAGCUUUGGCGUUAGGUAGACACCUUUGCCAGGCGGGUCAUAUUCGUGUUAUAACAUUGUUCACAUGUCCUCAAAAUGAACUGCAAGAUUCUAUGGUAAAACAACAAACAGAAAUCUACAAGAAAUGUGGCGGGAAGAUUGUCAACAGUAUAUCGUCACUAGAGUCUGCUAUGGAAACAUUGAACAGCCCUGUGGAAAUAGUCGUUGAUGCCAUGCAAGGAUACGAUUGUACUUUAAGCGAUCUGGCAGGCACAUCGGAGGCCAUUGAAACCAGAAUCAAAAGUAUGAUAUCAUGGUGUAACAGACAGCGAGGCUCUACUAAGGUGUGGGCUCUGGAUAUUCCAAAUGGAUUUGAUGCGGGGUCAGGUCUGCCAGAUGUUUUCUUCCCCGACAGAAUUGAAGCAACAGGGAUUAUCUGUUCUGGUUGGCCUUUGAUUGCAAUCAAUAACUUAUCCAUAAAUUUACCUAAACUAGAGGAUGUUGUUUUAGUCGAUAUGGGUAUCCCACAGGGUGUUUACUCGCAAAGAACUUCUCUGCGUAAAUUUCAAAACUGUGAUCUCUUUGUCACCGACGGGUCUCUCCUUCUGGAUUUGUAA